AUGCCGGUAAGUAGCGUAGGAAAGUGCAGACCGCCUGCAGAAAGAGGGAGAAAUCACAAGCUGCCGCUGGGUCCGCCCGCAACCCUGCCAUAUCAGCAACUGCAAGAGCGGCAUCAGGAGGACGUCCUAGAGGAGAGGCUGAAGAGCAGAGGAAGAACUGUGUGGGCCCAGAACAUUUUGUGCCUGAUUUUGAAUGAAAGCCACCGCAAUGGAACAGGGGGAAAAUCCACAUAUGAUCAGGCUCCAUUUCUUGAUUACAACUUAAGGAACUUGGAUUUGUCCCAGCUACCGUCACCUCGGGUCCUAAUGGCCCAUCUACCAUAUCAUUUGAUUCCAAAGGGGCUGAAAGAAGGAAAAGGGAAAAUCAUCUAUGUAUAUAGAAACCCUAAGGAUGCUAUGGUGUCCUUAUAUCAUUAUUCAAGCUUUGCACAAACGUCAGCAGAUCUGGAAGAGUACAUGCAGAGGUAUUUAGCUGGGAAAGUUGUGUGCAGUUCGAUUUUUGAUCAUGUCAAAGUCUGGUACUCUCAUAAGAAUGAACUCGAUAUUCUCUUCCUUUCCUAUGAGGAGAUGAUUAAGGACCUGAGAGGUGCUGUCUUAAAAGUUUGUGGGUUCAUAGGAAAGCAACUGAGCAGCCAGGAGGUGGACAAAGUUGUGGAGAUGGCUACGUUCGAAAAUAUGAAAAGAGACCCGAGGGCAAAUAAUGUGGUCACUGCUAAAGAAAGAUUCAGGAGAAAGGACAUGCCGCAUCUACGCAAAGGUACCAUUGGAGACUGGAAAAAUAUAAUGACAGUGUCACAGAGCGAAAGGUUUGACAAGGUCUUCCAGGAGAAAAUGAAAGACAUACCUCUCAAAUUCAUCUGGGAUAUUAAAGAAACAAAAAAACCAUGAUUAGCAUGAAAAGUGUAGCAGAAGACAAAGCCUUCCUCUCUUUUCCAGAUAAAAUGCUUAAGUGGUUUAAAAACAGAAUGAAUUCAUUAAUAUUUUAAAUAUAUUUUACUCAAAGCUUUUGGGGAAAGUAUACAUUACAGAGAAGUUAUACAUGUAUUUAUGCAGAAAUGUUUUAACAUUAGGGAAAAAGAUCUGAAAAGUAUGGAAUAAACUAUUUUGUGGUGCCAUCUUA